UAAACAUUCCUACUAGAUUUUCCUCUCUCUCUCAUAUCCAAAAUUAGACCGUUACAAAAAUUAAAUCUUUUUCACUUUAUCAACUUCAACAUUGAUGAAGUCAAAGAAUCCCAACAAAAAUUCUCUCACUCAAUCACACUAACAAACACAAAAACACACUCUGAUCAUAAACCUCAAUUUCAACAUUUUCAUCGUCAAAAUCAAUUAUUGUAAUGUCAAAACCAAACCCAAUUCUUCAACCUCUUCUUCAUGCCCUUGAUCCCAUAUCAUUGAUCCUUAACCAAAAUUCAAAUUCAAAUCAACCUUGUCCUCUUACACUCAUCACUGAAGAAGAUAGCUUCAUCAUGGAAAGAGGAAGGAAUUAUAAUGCAUAUGCUGAAUUGAGGGAGAAAAGGUUGCGUAUGAGGUGUUUGAUGCAUGUUCAAGAAGAAAAUUUUGAGAUUGAAUCAACAAAACUUGUUGACCCAUCAAGGAAAUUGGUUAAGUUUGAAGAUGAUUUGGGUUAUGGGAAAAAAGGGUCUUUGGAAAAAGAAGAAAGUUUUGAGAUUGAAUCACAGAAAAUUGUUGCCCCAAUAAAGAAAAAUGUUAACUUUCAAGGUGGGUUUGGUUAUGGGAGAAAAGGGUCUUUGGAACAUGUAGAAAAUUUUGAGAUUGAAACGCAGAAACUUGUUACCUCAACAAGGAAAGAGGUUAGGUUUCAAGGUGGAUUUGGUUAUGGGAGAAAAGGGUCUUUGGAACAAGAAGAAAAAUUUGAGAUUGAACACCAAAAAUUUGUGUCCUCAACAAGGAAAGAGGUUAAGUUUCAAGGUGGAUUGGCUAAUGGGAGAAAAGGGUCUUUUGUUGUUGCUCAAUCUGUGCCUGAUUUCUCUGCUGUAUUGAGGAAAGAGAAUAGGAAGCCGUCGAAUUAUUUGCCUCCGGUGAUGGAGAUGAUGACACCGCCUUCGAAGAGUAGUUUUUCCAAGGAUUAUAAUGAGGUGGUGUCAAGCUCAAGAGGGAGUAAGUCGGAGAGUGCAGGGGAGAAGAAAAAGAAAACGGUUGGUGGUGGCGGCUGCGGUGGUGUUUUGACGGGCAGGAAGAGUUAUGCUAGCUUUGAUGAGCUUAGGAAUUUGUCUUCUGCUACUGCUAUUGCCAUCAAUGGCGAAAGUAGAGGAAGAGGAGGGAAUGGUAGAGUGUUGAGAAAGUCAAUUUCAGUACACAGACAGUUUUGAAUGUGAGGUUUCUUUGAAGUUUGAAUUUUUUUUCAUUGUUUGUUGAAUUUGUUGCUUUGAGAGGCUGUGGUGAUUGUUCUUAUGUUUCUCUUUUGUUUUUCAAUAUUCAUUCUAUUUGAUUUGUUUGAAUUACUUUUGAGGAUUUUACAGUAUUAUGUAAAGCUUUGAUGUAAGUAAUAGUGUUGAUUGCAAUAACACAAAUAUUAUAGGAAAAA